CUGUUAUUUAUGCCGCUUAGCCGUCCUUGUCCGGAUUCUUGCUCUUCUACCGGCCAAUAUUUGGAUAACGUGUCCCCAUGAAUGACGAAUCGUCCAAAUAGAUUUCGUCGUUGGUACCGGAUGCGCUUCGUAUGCAACCGAUGACUGAAUAACAAACAAAACUUUUACAGGAUACACCUGCAAGUAAACACCGAUCAAAAGACUAUAUGCUCUCAACCAUUCUUGUGAAGAACCAACCCAAGAUAGACCCCGAAGCUUUCAGUUUCGCAUUUUUCGGUUUCGUUAAUUUUUUCUGCUUUUUUCAAUUAAUUGCAGUCUGUUACUCACUGUGACAAAUUACGACAAAAAAUCGUCAAAAUAACAGCAAAAAUAGUACCGGGUAUUUAUAAUCAACGGGAUAAGUGCUAAUUGUUUUCUAAACCUGGAUGCAAAUAUUUUGUAUUUUUAGUAAUUUCAUUCGAUAUUUACAGAGCACAAACAAUGCAAAAUGACUUCAGAUACUAAGUAAUCGAAGCUGUCUAGUUUCGUAAGACGAUAAUUGAUUAAGAAUUUAUUUUUAGAUUGUAAAUUCAUUUACACGACAACUGCCAAGUGGCACUUCCAUUAUAACAUGUUAAUAAUAUACAAACAGUUAUCAGUUUCUCAGAGUGGAGCAAAAUUUGUACAAAUUUUUUCAAGCUGUUUACGGUCACACCGGGAUGACGUUUAAAUAGACUAUAGGCAUGAGCAUGUCAACUUUAGAUUCAAUUCCAAGUUUGGAGACGUCGUUGCAAAAUAUCACAGUCAACGCAACAAGCAGUAGUUUAUUACAGAGUGAGUCUGAGGACCAUGACAACUUGGAGGUAGACGCUGAGGACAGAGCUAUGAAGACACCUGUUUCAAAUGGUCAGUCAAGCUGCGGUCAGCUGAUUGGCUGGGGAUGCGGCGAAUUUGGACAGCAUGGACAUGGUGCUAUCAAAACCGACAUUGACGUUCAGCAUGGUCUUAUUGAUAAUUUCUCCAAAGUGGAUCAUCCAUCCAGCUGUGUUAAGCUGAUUGCCUGUGGUGCUAGUCACACAAUCAUUGUCACCUAUAGCAAUGAUAUUUAUUGUUGGGGCAAUGGAAACAGUGGACAACUUGGUUGCGGAGACAGAGAAACACAUAUUGACCCCCAGAAAAUCACUCUUUGUAAUCAAGAUGUUGAAAUAGCGGGUAUUGCUUGCGGUAGUAGACACAGCAUGGUCUGGUUGAAUGAUGGUAAAUGCUAUAGUUUUGGUAAUAACUAUAAUGCACAACUUGGAUACGACUUCAGAAUUAAAAACUACAAAGAAAACCAGGUGAAGCCUCAUCUGCUGCGGCCGAUACAGCACCGAUUUGUCACUCUGGUAGCAUGUGGGGAGAGGCACACCCUCUUCCUCUUUGACACAGGCUCCGUCGCCGGCUGCGGAUCAAAUUCGUUCGGUCAGAUUGGUACGGGAGACAGGGAUGAAGUGAUUGUUCCAAAAAUAAUCGAAAAUCUCCAAGCUAAAUUUAUAUCCUGCGGUGCAAACCAUAGUAUGGCUAUUAACGAAAAUGGAGCGGUUUAUGUCUGGGGUCAUGGCAAGUCUUGUGGCUCCCGGAAGCAGGAUGUUUUGUAUCCCGAGUUGGUAGCGAUUGUCGGCACUGAAAUCCGCCAAAUAGCUGCCGGUGCUGCACAUAGCAUGGCAUUAUCAGUUAUUAAGCAGAUUCGAAAAGGGAAAGGAGAACUAGCUGCCACUAAUGGAGGGAUCUUGAUUGGUUCACCCCUCUCCAUCCCCAGGAUCUUGAUUGGUUCACCCCUCUCCAUCCCCAGGAUCUUGAUUAGUUCACCCCUCUCCAUCCCCAGGAUUUUGAUUCGUUCACCCCUCUCCAUCCCAUGGAUUUUGAUUGGUUCACCCCUCUCCAUCCCCAGGAUUUCCAUUGGUUCACCCCUCUCCAUCCCCAGGAUUUCCAUUGUGAAUGGAACAGUUUAUACCUGGGGAAGUGGGGCAGAUGGUCAACUUGGACAUGGUAAAAAUGCCCACUUUUUAGACAAGCCAAAGAGAAUAUCGCAUAGUCUUUUUAAUGGUUCCAGAGUAUCUCAGAUCACCUGUGGUGAGCGGUAUAGUGCUGCUGUGACAGUUGAUGGUUUACUUUAUCUGUGGGGCAAGAACAGCCACACUCUGAGUCCAGAAAAACCAACAUCUUAUAAAGAGUAUCGCCCUAUGCAAGUAAACACAGGUGGUUAUCACAUUAGCCAAUUGGCAUGCGGCUCGUGGCACGCUAUGUCAAUUGCCGGCAUACCCGUCUGGAAGCCAAGGGAGGGCAGCACUGACACAGAAGAUGACGUUGAAGAUGAAAAUGAGAUGAAAGCUCCAAUGAGCAAUGCAAAAACUAAGAAAGUGAGAUUAUCUGAAGAUGCUGAUUACGAAUAUGAACAAGAAAAUGAUUCAGAUUUAGAGACUGAAGUCGGCAGUGAGCCAGAUUUAUCAAGUGACCAAUCCGAUGAGGAAGCUGUUCAUUUGCCGCCUGAGUUUCUGAGACGAUCUUUAACGUUAGCGGAGUUCUAUGCCCCUACGCCACUUCCAGAUCUGAUCAUUUCACCAAGGGAUUCCCCCGUGCCUGAUUCCUUACCAAAACGGAACCUAUCACACGGGUCUAGUGUUGAGGACUUGCCCAAGAAAUCUAAAUCCCACUUUUCAACUAGUGAGGGUGAAGGAUUGGAGUCUUCUACAGAGAAUGCAGAUAAUGAUGAUGAUGAAAAGGAGGAGCAAGAACCAAAGGAGGAAGAGGAGGAGGAGGAGGAACAACAACAACAACAACCUGCUGAGGAUGAGCAAAGGCUAGAUAGCUGGACAUUUGAGGAAGACAAAACACCAUCCCCCCAACUACUAACCCCACCUAGGUCACCAAAACCAACAAUGGUGAAACCAUAUCCUUUGCAAAACUCGUUUGGUGCUUACAUUACAAGAUCCAAAACAUUAUAUGGAGAUGGCCAACGAUCAAGCCAAGCCGUCCAGUUUAGUGAAAUGUGUGCAGACAGGUACAGGUUACCGAGGGAACCAAGCAGUUUAACAAACGUGGAUCUCUCGUUCGAUUCAGAUAAAAAGUUUGUUGUUAAUAAACACGUCGCAAUACAAACAAACAAAAAGAGAUCAACUCUGCCGCUGCCACCUGACAACCCACCUCUACCAAUACACCUGAACAGGCCAAAGAGGAUGAAUGUUUUGCGAGGUUAUUCCACAUUCGACGAUAACUAUGAUUUCUAUGAGCAGCUUAAAGACAGUGCUAAGAUUAGCUGUCCACCAUUAACAAGAUCACACACUAUGCACGGCAGAAGCAUGCUCUCGCAGAGGUUCACAGAUCAGUCUUGUCCACCCCAACCAAGUGGCGGAGAUAUGAUAAUAGAAGGUGUUGCAGCACAUAGAGGAACUGACAGAUCGCUGUCAUUAACGCAACAAUCAGAAACAAAUUUUAGACGAUCAAGAAAAAAGGUUUUUUCACCAACUCCUGUGUGGCAGAGUCGUAAAUAUGCUUCUAAGAAUUUUGAGAGACAAUUUUUCGACAGUUGA